CACAUUUCGGCUGCCAAGAAGCCACCGACUCGACUCCAAUCUCGAGCAGGUUUUCUUGUGACAAUGUCGCAAAUUCAUUUUUGGCAAAUUGAAACAUUGAAACUCGACAAUGGCGUGGAAGUCAAGGUUUCAAAGUUGCCUACUGUUGUUUUGGUUGGCAAUAGCCUGGUCUGAGGAACCAUCUUCAUCACAUCUACGACAAGGGUUUGACCCGUCUGUGGAAGAAGAAUUUCCUCCAUCUAACACGCACGGGAUCGUUAAUGGACAGGUCGCAGAUGCUGGAGACUAUCCGUGGUACGCCAAGUUUGAUGGUGGCACGACGUUGUGUGGUGGAACGGUGAUUGGUGGGGGGCAAUUUGUCUUGACGGCAGCCCACUGCGUGGACGAUGGCGCGCCUCCCCGAGUUCGUGUCGGCACCCCCUUUUUCAGCCAGGGCGGGACAGUCCUCUCUGUCACCAAACGAUGGAUCCAUCCAAACUAUGUGCGGCCAGGCAAUGGUGAUGAUAUUGCCCUGCUAAAGCUUGCUACCAACUGUGUCUGCCUUCCUCCCAGUGCUGAAUUGAACACGGAUCAAACGUUUCCUGUGAAUUCUGGGCAGCCGCUGUGGGUCAUUGGGUUUGGACGUACAUCGAACGGAGGAGACGCUUCGGGGGUGCUACAACAACUUGAAGUGCAAUCUGUGUCCAAUGCCGAGUGCCAAGCUCGGGGAGGUAACUUUAACUCACCCGCAAUCGUUUGUGCGGAUGUGGGAGGAGGUGGCCCUUGUCAAGGAGACUCUGGAAGCCCGCUGAUGGACGGAAAUAAAGUACAAGUGGGGAUCGUAUCCUUUGGGAAGGUGGGCUGCGCGUCCAGCUUUCCCGAUUACUACACGAGAGUAAGCAACUACCAGGAUUGGAUCGAUACAACAAUCAACAACGAGCUCAACAUUUUUGGGCCCGAUACAGAGCCUAUGCUACAAUUUUUGCGCAAUAAUGGUGCACUGUGGUUGCAGUCAUCUUGGAGCUACCUCUUUGGGCCAUGAUUCUUGAGGUAGUGUCAAUUUACGUUUGCUAAUACACCGUAAGAGAAUCUCCCUCUUCAUUGUUGAGGUGAGGUCAUAGAAAAAGUAGUGGAAAACUAGAGGAAUAAUAUCUUACAACACAACAAAUACAACAAUCCAAACAUAAUUUGCAAGUAGAAUCAUUUGCAGCCACCUUGAUGCGAUGCUAACUGAUGAUUGAUGGGUUCACAGUGGCACCACGACGUGGAAAACAAAACCACACAUCCUUCAAUUCAUACCAGAGAAGUGCUUUCAUUGGCAGGAGCACCAUCACUCCGCUCGGAUGCAUUCAACUUUCUCUUGGAUUUUCGAUUCCACAUGCUCGUGGACCACAACAACUUGGCAUUCUCUGGAUUGAUUUCCAUUCGAUCAUCCUGUGCGUCAUCCUCUUCAUCGGGUGUAUCGGUAUUAAAGGAAUGGGCAAUGAGUCUCCGUAGUUCCGCUUGUCGAUCUUCUGGUAUACUGGCCAUCAAAUCCUUUUUCAAGAGUACGGCAUCCCGCAUGAGUAAACUCUCCCUCAAUCCCGCCAAUGGCACCAGUACAUGACGAAAGACCUUGUCGGAUCCUUGAAACAUGGGCAACAUGAGGUAGACGGUGGUAAAUAGCAUGACGGUAUAAAAGCCCCAAAUGGAUCCCAACCAGGUUUCGGUCCAAUCCAUAAUGAGAAACAAGAGGGAAUAGCAACUCCAGUAUGUGAGCCAAAAGGUAUCAUCGGUUUUGUCAUCGGUGGUGACGGCGGUAAUGGAAGCGAGCAAGGGAAAUGCGGUGCCAAUGGCAAUGGUAACGAAUCGUUUCAAUCCCUUUGGUAAUAUGAUGAAGAAUGCCCAUAAUGCCCAUAGAUGUGACGCAUUGAUGAUUGUCAUGACAAGUCCAGAAAUCCAAGUGCCCAUUUUGUUGCUGACGGGUUCAAUGACAGGUGCCAAUACGGGUCGAGUAAUGUAGUCAAAGAUGAGUGUGGCUCCAUCCUGCAUAGUUGGUGGACAACGAGUAGUAGUAAAAGUAAAAUGGUAGAAGGUCAGCA